UAAAGAAAUACAGUCGUGCUCUUAGUUUUAGUGAAGAGUUUAGAUUUUAAAAAUGUUUCAUUUAUGCAUGAAGGACACGAAGAGAGAUGACGAGGAAGACCUGACUUUGGUUAUAUAUACAAUCAUAGACAAUUUUGAAGGCACCGACACAAAGACUAACAAACAAAUUCAACACACAGGAGUUUACAGACUGGCUGCAGUGUGUGUGCUCCUGCUGUUUGUUCUCCUGCUGACUGCCGUCACAGUGCUGUGGGUCAAAUUAGUUACAGAACGCAACCUAACCAAACAGUUAAAGCAGGAGAGAGAUCAGCUUCAGGACCUAAAUAUGCAGGACAAGCUGAAAUGGAAACGCUUUGGCUCCAGUCUUUACUACUUCGGUGAUUUGAAGAACUGGACUGAGAGCAGACAGGACUGCAUAGAGAGAGGCGCAGACCUGGUGAUCAUUAACAGCAAAGAGAAACAGGAUUUCAUCAUAAAAGAGCUGCAAGGAAGCCGGAAAUGGAUUGGUUUGAGUGAUAGAGAAGAAGAGGGAACAUGGAAAUGGGUGGACGGCACACUACUGACCAAUGGGCACUGGAGUUAUUCUCAGCCAGAUAAUAAAGGAAAUGAGGACUGUGUUGAGAUCGGGUACCUGGAAAGACAUACCUGGAACGACAGACCCUGCUUUGAAAAGCAAGGCUGGAUCUGUGAGAAGAGAGGUGAUUUGUGAGAAAUAAUAACAUGUUCACAAGUAAAUCAAGCUAAAGGCUUUCACUUCAAAUCAGCGAUGCAUCUUCCAUAACAUCUAUUCUGUGCAUUACUCUGCCUCCCUAUUACACUGCCCCCUAGUGGCUGAAUUUUUCCAUCUCUUAGUACAUUGUAUUUUUGCCACUUACAUAAUCAGCUGUACCACUUGAUCAGUAAGCUGUGAUGAUGUAACUUGUCCUUGAAGUGUGGUGUUUGUUUAUUUGUUUGUUUAAAUUCAUGUUUAUUACUUUUUUAUAUGAUUGUCAAUAAAUUCUUGAGUAAAAUUAAAUCUACGAGUAAAAAAAUCA